AUGCUUAUUCGGAGCAUUACCAAUGAUUUAUUACCUCAUGAGAUCCGGGACUACUUCUUCUUUACCAUACAAACUUUUUCUCGGCGUUUCUCGUCUCAACUCACCAUUCUUAUUGAAGAGUUCAAAGGACCAUCUGCAAACCAAGUCUUUGAAGCUGUAAAUAUAUACUUGGCUACUAAAACAUCCCCUUCAAUGCGAAGAGUGAAGGUGGGCAAGAUCGAGACAGAAAACGUAUUAGAGAUCACCAUGGAUAGGAAUGAAGAGGUUACUGAUGAUUUUGACGAUAUACAAUUGAAAUGGAAAUUAGUCUAUACACAAGUUGAAGCAUCGGUUUAUAGAAAUCUAAACCAGGGAGACCUUAAUGCAUCUCUUCGAUCAGAAAUCAGAUGCUACGAGUUAAGUUUUCACGAGAACUACAAGAAGCAAGUUCUAAAUUCGUACCUGCCAUAA